UCAGAAAACGUUCUUUGGCGGGUGAAUGUCCUGCGAGAACAACUUUAGACAAAAACUAAACCGCUUUCUCAAACAAACUUAGACUUUAUUUGCUCACCAUGGCCCUUCCAUUACACCCGGAUUUACCCCCUGAUCUUGCGUGUCUCAAAAACAUUGAUGCCCUGUUGCAGUGUCCAAUCUGUUUUGACUUUCUAGAUAUUUCAAUGAUGACCAAGUGCUCUCAUAACUUUUGCUCCUUGUGUAUCAGAAAAUUUCUUUCCUAUAAGCUGCAAUGUCCGAUCUGCAAUAUGCAAAUGACUGAACAAGAUCUAAGAAACAACCGCUUAUUGGAUGAGUUGGUCGUCAACUUCAAAGCUGUCAGGCAGCAGUUGUCAAAAGCAAAUUUUGACUCCCCUCCAAUUUCACCCAGAACUCCGGCUUCGCUUGUCAAAUGCAGAACUCCCAGUGGGAGGGGCCAAAGUGGCGGCGGCGGCUCAGUCCUGAGUCAGUUUUUCCAAAAGAAGCCCAGCACACCCCAUCGAAAAGAAGCCCAGUGUGACGACUCUGUCGCUGACAGCGCUCAGCAAGUGAAGCCACAGGCCUCGCCGUCCCACCGUCCGAGUGGCUCUGACCCACAUUCAAAGAAAACUCAAUUUCCAGUGGUCGUGAAGGAAGAAGCGACAGAAGUGGAGGUCAAAGGAGUUCAGGUCGCACCUUCCCCAUCGCCAUCAAGCGACGUGAAGCCCGUUAACAAAGUGGAGUGCCCAGUGUGUUCUGUCAGUGUGUCCCAGCAGUUCAUCAACAAUCACCUGGACACGUGUCUGACCAGAGAGGAGAAGAAAGAAAGUUUGAGGAGCAAUCCUGCCAAGGCGAGGCGUCCGAUGGCGAAACUGGUGUACAACCUCCUUUCGGUGCAGGAGCUGAAGAGGAAACUGAAGGAAUGCCAUCUUUCAGUGCAGGGUUCACGAGACCAGAUGAUCAAAAGACAUCAAACGUUCGUCCACUUAUACAACUCCCAGUGCGACUCCCUAAACCCCAAAUCAGCGGAAGAUAUUGCCAAAGAGGUGGAGGCUGAAGAGAAGGUUAAGAAUCAGCUGCAGAAAACAGCCAAACCUGCAAUGGUUUUUUCAAAGAAGCAGACUGAGAAGGAGAUCGAUGAAAUGCAUUCCAAUUACAGGAAGCGGCACAGCAGCGACUUCAGCCGCCUAAUUGCGCAGGUCCGGGGUCGCCUGGAGACCAGCAGACACGCUAAACAGAAGGUCACCGCAGAGAAGCAGGAUGCUCAAGUAGCUCAGGCCGCAGAAUCAACCAGUUCCCUGGUGAUUAAGCUGGAUGAAGAAACAGACGGGGAGCAGUCUGCGAGCAGGACUGAUUUCCCAUCCAGCCCCGCCUGCAGUGACGUGUCUAUCAGCAGCUCUCUUUCAGACAUCUUCGGUCCCGAGCCUGCCGAGAGCCCGGAAGACACGGAGAGAGCUUCACCUAGAAAGCGAACGUCCAGCUCCAGAGGCGAAGGCGUGGCUUCGUUACCCGUCUCUGGAAAAAGGAGGCGCAAGACCUGACUGGAGAGCUUCCUCGUUUCUGAAUAACCAAUAAACAUUUGACUGACUUGUUCUUUUUCUAUCUCAUUAAAUUUCCACUUGCUGACUUUUUUUUUUUUUUUUGAAUUUGCUGCCACAUUGUUUUGUAUUCUUACGAUGUCAUUCAGGCAGACAUUUGAUCAUUUUACUUCCAACACAUCAUGAGUUCAGGGUUUGCUUUACCUUUUUUUGAAAAUGUGGCAAUUUUUUUUUUUAUUUUUUUGUUAAAAAUUAAAUGCAGUUGA